AUGCGCUCUGCGCUUAUCACGAGUAUCCUCGAGAAGGUAGAGAAUGAGGUGCGCCAGCGUCUGCGCAACGCGGCUGCCUUGGCGUCGCCAGGUCCCUCCUCUGCCGCUGACCCGCCCACCUCGCUCUCUCUCCUCACCCCGGAGGACUGGAGUGCUGUGCGGCGCUCGCUGAGGGAAGACGCCACUCUCCCACCCAUCGCCGCCGGCGCAACAGGUGAGGUGGAGAGUACAUCAGCAAGCCUCCAACCGGCGGCAGCCAGUGAGCUGCUGCAGUACGUGCAAAUGCGGUGCGCAGAGCUGCCUAUGCGUCUGCAGAUCGAGGCACUGCUGACACGCCGCUACGAGCACCUCCUGCGUCAGCACACGCGCGAGCUCGUCACCCUCAGCGAGCACAUAACACUGAUCAGUCGUACCCCACUCACGUUAGCGCCGGCACCGCGAGGUUUUUCAGAGCUGACGCCGAACCUUGCGCCGCUGCUGGCAGAGGAGGAGAUGGGGCCACGCCUCGAGCGCUGCAAAGCCCGCAUCAGCGAGCUGGAGGCGAUGGCGCGGCAGGAUGCAGAGGCCAAGGUGCGAUGCUGUCAACGCAUGGUGCUCCUCAGCGAGUUUGUGCGAGCGCUGGUGCGGCACGCCAUGGCACACGUGCUGAAGGGCGAGGAAGAGUCGAAGAGCAAUGCCGCAGUGGUGACGAAGCGGCCUCGUACGGAGCAGCACGUGUGA